UUGGUUUGCUAGCAGCAUGGAGCAGAUCACGUCCACUGUGGGCCCUUCGAACAUCUCCUCCUCUCCUGGAAAUCCGUCCCCGGGCUCCUGGGACUCCAGUGGUCUGGCUCCAGCGGUGCUGCUCUCCUUCUGUUUCCUGCUGGGACUUCCUGGAAACAUUUCUGUGAUCCUAUUAAAGUCCAAAUGGCAGCACAUGUCCAGCCUGAGCCAGACUUUGAUGCUGAAUCUGGCCAUGGCCGACAUUUUGUGCCUGCUCACGCUGCCUCUGUGGAUUUACGCCCUUCUCUUCGGCUGGACCUUCAGCUUGGCGGCCUGUAAGACCCUCUCAUAUCUGGUGUAUUGCAGCAUUUAUAGCAGCCUGCUGACUGUGACGACGCUGAGCGUGCAGCGUUACCUGCAGGUGGUCUACCUGCAGAGGAGCUUAAAUCUGACAGGACAGAGGUGGCAGCUGGUCCUCUGGCUGGCUGCAUUGAUCCUGGCCAGUCCGGCGUUAGUUGUUGACGAGCUGAUCACAGACCAGCAAUGGCCCCGCUGCAGGCCACCAUCUUCCGAGGCACAAAUGCUACCUUUGCUGCUGACAGAGACCUGUAUUGGCUCAGUUUCAUUGUUCAUCGUUGUGUUUUCUUACAUCUGCAUCCAGAGGAAGGUGAGCCAAGGAGCCCUUUUCAACAGGCCGCAGACGAGCAGACUGAUCAGCAGCAUCAUCGUGACCUUUGUGGUCCUGUGGAUGCCAUAUCUUAUGGUGAAUGUGCUUGGAGUUUUAGGUUUUACUCUCAGUAAUAGCAACCUGCUGACAUUUUGGAUGAAAAGCUCAGACGUUUUUGGAGCUUUGAUAUUUUUGAACACCUGUGUGAAUCCACUGCUAUAUGCAUUUGCAUCUUGCACUAUGUGCCAAAAAAAUGUGCAGGAAUAGAGAUGUUUCGUAUACAAGAAGCCACUGGAUUAAACUACAGACGAUAACAUUAACACAGUUGAGGUUCUGAGCCCUCUUAAACUGUAUGAAAGCUUGAACUUCAUGCAUUUAGAUUUGAUCAUUGUUAACUUAAUUAUCUUCUGCUUUUAUCAACAUUUGUUUUGGCUGAUGAAUAUUCAUUAAGGUUUCAGGCUUUUGUCACUUACAGUAACUUCGUCUCUGUCACACCUGCCAGUAAAACUCUAAUCUAAUGUUCCUCACUUGCUCUCCUUUUAGUCAUUUCUGGUGAGACUGUAAUUAACAUCAGCUUCACGUGUUUGGAGAACCAGGAGAUCCAGGGGGUCUUCCUGUGCAUGUGGGGGCUUUUCCUGAGUUAGGUCCUCAAAGGUCACAGACACAUCACCACGUCCUCUUCCCAGGCUGCACAUCAACAACAACAGCCUGGGUCAGCACACAACAAACAAACCUUUGGUACUGGACCUCGUCUAGACACCAAUCAAACCAACAUGUUAGCAGCGCUGUGUGUGUGUGAGUGACUCAGUAUUUCCUCCCAGCUGCUCCUUUGGGUCCAAGCAGGGUUUUCUGGCUGCUUAUCAACACAGAAAGCAUUGCUUUCCCAGGCAAGGAUGACUUCUCCUCCACAUUCAGGCUAUGUACUCCUGCCAAGAUGCUCACUUAAAAUACCGUGUUCUGUAACACACACACUGCUGCUUAUGAAGGGGGGUUCUCCACCGGCACAGGAAGAAAACCGUCUAAAAUAGAAUCACGUCGACUCAGACUCUACUGAAACUAAAAUUCUUAUUCGUAACAUGAUUUACCAAUAAACUACUCUAGAAGUGCAAAAAAAGGGAUGUA